UAGUUGGUGUAUAUCUAUGUCCACAUCACAGCGCGCUUGCUAAGCAGCGUGGCUCUUGUUGUUAGCUAAGCCCUAUGAGCUAAGCUAGCUAGCAAUGGACCGUGUCUCCGGUCCUUGUUCCUCUUCUGUCCCCCUUAAAGGUGAUAUACCAGACACUUUGGACGAUUCGUCUGACGACGGACGCUUAGACGACGCUUUCGGCGACUUGGCUGCGCUUCCGGUCGAGGUUAGCGAGAGAAGACCGACGUGUUUACGGUGCCGACGCCCUCAGAAGGUGUGUCUUUGUCCCUUUCUCCCGACACAACCCCUGGAGGUGUCCACAUGUCUCUACAUCGUGCAGCACCCUGCUGAGGAGAGCAGAGUUCUACGCACAGUGCCUCUUCUGGCUGCAUGCUUACCCCCGGCAAAGUGCAACGUCAUUGUGGGAAGGCGCUUUAAUGACGUCAAGAAUCCAGAGCUGGCAGACAUAUGCCGGGACAGCCGGACGCUCAUUCUGUACCCGGGCCCCCAGUCCCAGAACCUGGAGGAGCUGGUGCAGCUCCAGGAAGAUGAGGGCGCCGCGCCUCACAACAUCAUCAUCAUCGACGGCACCUGGAGCCAGGCCAAGAACAUUUUCCUCAAAAACAGUAUGCUGCACCUCCCCAAGCAGGUGCAGCUCAGCAGGACUCUAUCCAGCCAGUAUGUGAUCCGAACUCAGCCCUCCAACAUCUGUCUGUCCACACUGGAGUGCGCUGCCGUGGCUUUGUCCAUCCUGGAGCACAAUGACGUCUUCCAAGAGGUCCUGCUGAGGCCCCUGAAAGCCUUGUGCGCCUUCCAGUUGGAGCACGGCGCUCAGGUCCACCACAGCAAGGAGCACCUCCUGAGGAACGGCAUGUACGACAAAACCAUGCCCAAGAACAAGCGCAAGAUCAAGAGGCUGGAGAAGCUCGUUACGGACCACAACUGUCUGCUGAGAUGAGGACAAAAUGAAGGAAUAUUAAGCUGAAUGGACACGUGUUUUCUUUCAGGGUUGACGUUUUAUUUAAAGAAAAUAAAUCCUAU